CUCUCUCUCUCUCUCUCUCUGUUGUUUAGUUCUCUCUCUCUCCUCCGCUGAUCCGCUAUGUCUCUCGCGCUCCUCAUGCUCGUGUUGGCCUGCAGCAACGUCGCGCGCGCGGAGACGGACAGCGCUUUGCCAGACCGGGAGCAGGAACUCUUUAUCAGGUCUCACUCUCACGUCUCGGUGGUCCGGCCGGAGCGGGUGGACGGUGCCGGGCGGUUCCUGUCUCACGUGCUGGCGCAGCGUCCGGCUGUAGGGGCGCGAGUCUUUUACCGGCUGCAGCACGAAGAGCGCCCACUCCUCCUCAACCUCACCCUGAACCCUCACCUGCUGGCACAGGAUCACCUGGUGGAGACGCGAGGGGGCGGAGCCAAGAACAGGACCGAGCGGUGCACCGAGAACACCUGCCACCUGCUGGGCACAGUAACAGACGGGCACACGCGGGGCACCGCCGCCAUCAGCACCUGCCUCGGCCUGACGGGUCUGCUGACUCUUCCUGCCGGAGUGUUUCUGAUCGAGCCGGUACGCGGACACACCCCGACAGACGCAGACCCCCACCAUCCACAUGUCAUCUACCGGAAUUCCACCUGGAGAAGCCCCCGAGCCCGACGCAGCGCACACACAAACACCCCUGCCUGCGGGGUCAGAGAUGGCGUGGCAGUGCAGGUGGAGCAGGACAGGGAGGUAUGGGAGCAAGAGCAGGGGGGCGGGGCCGGUCGCAGGCGGAUGUCCCGCCGCUCGGUCAGUACGGAGCGCUGGGUGGAGACCAUGGUGGUGGCGGACUCCAAACUGCUGCAGUACCACGGCAACAACAAUGUGGAGAGCUACAUCUUCACCAUCAUGAACAUGGUGGCAGGCGUUUUCCAUGAUGCCAGUAUCGGUAACGCCAUCCACAUCAUCCUCGUGCGCCUGAUUCUACUGCAGGGAGAGGAGAAAGGGUUGAAGAUCGUUCAUCACGCAGAUUCUACUCUGAACAGUUUCUGCAGUUGGCAGAAGAACCUGAACCCUCAGAGUGACACACACCCCGCACACCACGACGUAGCUGUGCUCAUUACAAGGAAGGACCUGUGUGCAGGUAGGAACGAGCCGUGUGAGACGCUGGGUCUGUCUCACCUGUCAGGAAUGUGUCAGCCGCACAGAUCCUGCAACAUUAAUGAGGACUCAGGUCUGCCCGUGGCGUUCACCAUCGCUCAUGAGCUUGGACACAGUUUUGGUAUCCAGCAUGAUGGUCAGGGGAACGACUGUGAGCAGGAUGGGAGACACCCCUUCAUCAUGUCCCGACAGCUUCAGUAUGACUCCGCCCCCCUCACCUGGUCCUCCUGCAGCAAAGAGUACAUCACACGCUUCCUUGAUCGAGGUUGGGGUUUUUGUCUAGACGAUCGUCCAUCUAAGAAGGAUCUGACCGCGGCUCUGGUGGCGCCGGGGGUCCGCUACACUCAGCAGCAUCAGUGCCAGAUGCAGUAUGGCUCUAACGCCACCUUCUGCUCGGAGGUGGAUAACGUGUGUCAGAUCCUGUGGUGCUCGGUGAAUGGAUCAUGUCGCUCUAAACUGGACGCACCUAUCGAUGGAACCAGGUGUGGCCCGGGCAAGUGGUGUAUCUCAGGUGAGUGUGUGAUCGUGGGGAAGUUACCUGAGACAGUAAACGGCGGUUGGGGCCAAUGGAGCACCUGGUCUCACUGCUCUCGCACCUGUGGUUCCGGCGUCCAAUCAGCAGAGAGGGAGUGUGACCAGCCCAAGCCGGCAUUUGGGGGGAGGUACUGUACGGGGGAGCGUAGGCGCUACAGGAUCUGUAAUAUUCUGCCCUGUGUUCAGAAACUCCCCUCGUUUCGGGACAUGCAGUGCAGCGAGUUCGACACGGUCCCGUAUCAAAACCAGCUCUACCAGUGGAUCCCCGUCUCCAGCACCAGUCACCCCUGUGAGCUGCACUGCCGGCCGGUUAGCGAGGACUUCUCAGAGAAGAUGCUGGACGCCGUAACUGACGGGACGCCCUGCUUUAACAACAACAGCAGGAGCAUCUGCAUCAAUGGUGUGUGCAAGGCGGUGGGCUGUGAUUAUGGGAUAGAUUCGAGGGCGGAGGAGGAUCGGUGUGGGGUGUGUUUGGGUGAUGGAUCCAGCUGUGAGACACUGAAGGACAGUUAUACCGAGAGAGACGGAUACGGUUACGUGGAUAUGAUGGUGAUCCCGGAGGGGGCGAGGGAUAUCUAUAUUGAGGAGGUGGAGGAGGCGGGGAACUUCCUGGCGGUGCGAGCGGCCGAAUCAGAGGAUUACUUCCUCAACGGCAAUUACAUCAUCCAAUGGAACGGAGAGUACAGAGUGGGCGGAGCUACAUUCUUCUACGACCGCCACGGCAACCUGGAGAACCUCACAUCACCUGGACCCACCACACAGCCAAUCGUAGUGCAGCUGCUUUUCCAGGAGCCGAACCCGGGCGUGCGGUUCGAGUACACGGUGAAGAAGAACCGGCAGACGGGUAACGAGCUGCUGGAGCCUGAAUACAGCUGGAAAUAUGGAGCCUGGACCGACUGCAGCGCCACCUGUGGGCAAGGUGAGCAGCAGCAGCCGGUGCGCUGUUUCGAGGCGGGGGUGGGUGUGGUGGACGAGGCACUGUGUGACCCUAACACUCGGCCGGAUGACGGACACCGCAGGUGUAAGAACAUCGACUGUCCUGCCAGGUGGUGGGUGGGAGGAUGGCAGCAGUGCUCGGCAUCCUGCGGGCCGGACGGUGUGAGGAAGCGUACGGUUCUGUGUGUGCGGACGGUGGGUGGAGAGGAGCGGGUGCUGCACCCCGGAGACUGUAAACACCUCCCCAAACCCAAACCGGCCGUCCCCUGCAACAGAGACAUCACCUGCGGGACAGACUGGACCACCGGGAACUGGAGCCAGUGCUCUCUGAGUUGUGGUGGGGGGGUGAAGUCCCGUAUGGUGAAGUGCAGCACUGAACCCCAGGCCCCCUGCGACCCCGCGGCCCGGCCCCGCUCCACCACCUUCUGCAACCUGCAGAGCUGCUCCUCCACCCACAAGCCCCGCCCACAGCCUCGGAGACCCACCCCCAAAACCCCACCGCCCACCACCGAGCCCCCGACCCACCACGACCACACACACACCGCCCCCACACACACACCGCCGCCGGACGUGUUCCACGAGGACGACCGAGAUUUUAUCCUGGUGAAGAACAGCAGCGCUGAGGAACACACACACACCACGGUCUCCCCUGGGCUGAGUGAGGAGGAGGAGGGCAGCGCCGGGCCGGUCCCGCCGGGCGGGGGCACCGGGUACACCCCGGGGUACGACUACAUCGUGGAGGAGGACGGCGCUGAGGAGAGAGACGCAGUGUUUACCGUCUCACCGCCUGCCGGAACUCCCACACACACUCCACCGACCACAACAGAGCCGGACGAAACCACAGCAACCACCCCCCAACCCCAGACCACAGCAACCACCCCCCAACCCCAGACCACGCCCCCUGCAGCUGGCCAUGCUGCUCCCACACACACUGCCCUCACCACAACAAAGCCAGACUGCACUAAAACAGCACACACACGCUCACGGGCUGCCACGGCAACCCACAGAGCUCUGCCCAUCACCACACCCACCUCACGCACACACUCAAAGAAGACGGAGCAGCGGAACACACACACAAAGCUGAAGAAGACCACACACACACCGAGGAGCGCCAGCAACGCCAAGCAUCAUAAAUCCCUCACACACACUCCAGGAGGUGCUGCCGCCAACACAACGGCAUUCUGGGUAGUGGGCAAGUGGAGUAAGUGCUCGGUGAGCUGUGGUCUGGGUGCAGUUUGGAGGAGGGUCUGGUGUAGUUCUGGGCUGGACUCUGACUGCAGGACCGAACAGAAACCUGAACCGGCUCAACACUGCAACCUCAAACCCUGCCCUGCCUGGCACACCUCCAACUGGAGCAGGUGUCCGGAAGGUUGUUCUGGUGGUGUGAAGCAGAGGGAGGUGCAGUGUGUGGACGCUCAGACCGGGCGGGGGCUGAGGCCGUUUCACUGCCAGGCUCUGUCCCCCCGGCCCCCCCGCACUCUGCCCUGCAGUACCCAGCCCUGCCUGCAGUGGGCGCACCUCCCCUGGGCACAGUGCUCUAAAAGCUGUGGUGGAGGUGUGAUGGGCAGGGUGGUGUUCUGUCCGGAGGACGACCGCUGUAACGCAGAGCUUCGGCCCAACAGCUCCGCCCCCUGUAACCUCCAGCCCUGCACAGCCUGGAGCGCCGCCCCCUGGCAGGAGUGCUCUGUGAGCUGUGGUGAUGGAGGUGUACAGAAGCGAGGGGUGAAGUGUGUGAACGAGGAGUCGGGGGAGGAGGAGGAGAGCGAACUGUGUCCGAAAAACAGUAAACCGGAGAGUGUCCGCAAGUGCAGCCUGCAGGAGUGCAGAACUGAUCCAGAUAUUGCAGUGUGUAAGAGGAACAGUAUGUCCUCUCGUUUCUGUGCUAAGCUGAAGCUGCUCGGCCGCUGUGUUCUUCGCUCCAUCCGCAGACAGUGCUGCCUCACCUGCAUGACGUAACCUGAGCUCAUCCAGACACCUGAGCAACAGAGCCAAUCAGAGACUCUCAAACAAACAAACAAACAAAUCUGUUGUUUACUGGACCCUCAUGCUGCCUUUGUGUGCUGUAGUGAACCCCCGGUUUCCUCCUGCACUCAUUUACAUACAGAAAAGUUUCAGUUUCUCACCUGAGAGGCUGUACAGGACUCAUGGUGCUCAUUGCUAUCUUACACCCCACUGCUAGUCUAUUUUCUCACCAGAUUUCUGGAGUAUUGCUAUCUUGGCAGUGGAAAACACAGGAGCUCCACUGACUGAUUAAAACCAUGACAACAGUCAACAGUCAGAUCUUCAUAAUACGUUUUCAUUUCCAGCCACAAUUCUGUAAUGUUUUAAUAUGAACUUUAAUUUCCUUUCCAGCCAUAAUUCAACAUCUGCACAAUGUUGUGUUUUUGACAUUAACUUGAUUCUUAUUUCCAAACAAAAUUCAGCAGGAAGUUUAAACAUUUAUCUGAUGUUAAAUUGACACUUGGCCUGCUGGGAAGGGCCACCGUCUAAAACCAGGGUAAACCUGUCGGUGCUUAAUGAUGUUUCUACUGGUGCUUUUUUUGUUUGUUUUAUCAAAUGUACCACAUUCAUAACUCAGCAUGUUUUCACACAUUGAUUGAUUGAGUGUUAAUGAUGUUGAAUAUUGAUAUUCUGAUCAUACAGAGUUUUAGAAGAACAAUGUGAAUCUUUUCUGUUAAGGUUCCUCUUUAUCACUUUACCUUCCCAACUUUAAAAAAGGUAUUUUAGGUCAUAAUGAACAUUAAUAUCAUAUCUGAACUGAUACACUGACACACUGCACUGCGGUUUAUCUCCUUUAUUACACGGUAAAUCAGUGUGUGAGGAUCAGUGUGUGAGGAUCAGUGUGUGAGGAUCAGUGUGUGCGUAUCGGUGUGUGAAUGGCGGUGUGUUUGCUGUGUUACUGAGCCGCGUGGUGCUGUUUUGGUGCUAACUGGAUAGAAAGUAAAAAACGUUUUUGGUUAAUGAUGCUUUUUUUUAUAUAAUAUUAUAGUAUCAUAGGGAAAAAGUGGUAAAUCAUUUAGUGUAACUUUUGUCUAUUUUUAUAAUUUUUGACCAUUUAAGGCUAAAUUCUGAAACAGAAAAUUUGAUGUGAAUGGUUAUUUACAUUUUCCAUUGAGUAUAGAAAAGAAGUGGGUUUGUAUCUAUUGCUACAAUUUUGUAGUUACAUUUUUUAGUUUCUGUUUUCUCAUAGGUACAUUUUGCAUCUUCAACAGUCUUCUACAAGAACAACAAUCUAAUAGUGUAAUUCAAUUUAUUUUAUUUGUUGCAAAACACAAAAUUAGAUCUUUAGGAAAUUAGGAAAAUGGAGUAAAAUUAAUUUGAAUCACUUUACAUGAAAGGUACAUUAAUUAACAGUACUUGUAACAAAAUGUCUCAACUACUUAUUAUUUGACACUAAUUAAUACAUUAUUAAUAGUUAAUUGCAAAAUUCUGAGGGGCAGAAAAAAAAACAAGAAAAUUUAAAAAAUCUAAUAAGAAUAGAUUUAUUUUUUUAAAUAAACAAAGUGGUUAAAAAUAACUAAUACAGUUUUAUACCCAAAUUUCCUGUUUUUAAAUUUUGCCUUACAACUUUAACAUGUUGCACUGACCCAAGUCCAGGUCUGGGCAGGAGGAGUGAAUCCUGGGGUGCAUUUCCUUGUUUGUAGGUAGUUAUUAUUAUUAUUAUUAUUAUUAUUAUUAUACUUGAUUAUUAUGGGGUUACUGAGAGCGGCGUGGGGCGGAGCUUGAGGAGUUGCGGGUCAUCCCUCUCUGGCCUUUUUAACACAAACGCACAGCCAAUCACAGAGCUCCACUCUACUGCAUUUAUACCUGUAUGAUCAUUAAUAAACUCUGUGAUGAAAACAAGACAA